AAGCAUAAUCGUGUCCCUCAAGUCGCGCUACCGUGGCUUAAACGUUUCCCUGCCUAACGGCUCUUAAAAGCCCGCCAACGGGCAUACACACGCACGCAGUUGAAUUGAAAGUCUCUAUGUGUGCGGCAGAAGGUUUCUUUACGACACGCGCCAAGAAAAAGAUGUCCUGAACCGUUUGCUAUCGAUUGUUUCCUUCCCUCUUUCGCUUCUUGUCCGCCUGUGCACGGUGCAGGAAGGAAGGGUUCCCUACCCUACUGUGAUCCGUUGUACAUACGGGCGCGCUUUAUCGCUGUGUGCGUGUGGAAGGGACCCGACCCUUCCACGCAGAGCCCGGUGCACCGGACGACCGUUGCCGUUUGAUCUGCUUCGAAGGGCGCAACACAUUUUAUUCGUAACGGAACCACGGUCAGGAGCGCAUCGCUAGCGUCGGUUAGGCAAAAAGUUUCACUGCACGAAACGUUCGCACUUUUUUUUUUUCUUUCGGACUUGUUUGAGGUGUUUCUGUGCGUUAAGUGUACUGAUGAAACGGAAAGGGACAUACAGGGAAAUGUUAUAUUAGUAGGAAAAAGGUGCGAAAAUAUGUGAAGCGCAAAGAAAGUGAGCGUGAAAGUGAGUCUGCUACAUGUUACAAGAGUGUGCUUGAAAUCUUUAACCAGCUAACCGAAGCACAGUUCGGAACCGCAACAAACUGCAAAAGAUGUCCAGAAAGCAAUAGUUCACCCAGCUAGCUCUUGCCACACGUUUACGUACCUUGAAACGCACUCAAAUCCACUGUUAAGUUGCCGACCACCCGAAGAGAUAUCAUCUGGACGCUUCUCUGCACAUCGAAACGUUUUGUUUGAAAUUUGUUCGUUUUUUCGCGUUUUUGUUGUUUUUUGUUUCGUUUUGUUACAUCGCCCCCCCGUUACACCCAAAAACUCUAUAUAAAUGUUGAAAAUGUCGUUCUCGAAGGCGAAGCUGAAGAGAUUCAACGAUGUGCCAGCCGUUUCAUCUCCUUCAGCGUUCGCUGAACCCAAGGAGAAGGAACUCCCCAAGAAGUCCUCCAAGAAGGAGGACAAAUGCAAGAUCGGUGGCAGCAUGGACGCGGAGUCGAUCAAAACGACCAAAAGCGCGCUGAGCCUGUUCCGCACCCCGUCGCUACCGCGUCGCCUAAAGUUUAAGCACAUCUCCGACCUGACGCCCAAGAAAGCUUCCUCCAAGGAGGAGAAAGCGAACCGGCUCGCAACCACGCUUGAACAGUCGGCCGAAAAGCCAGCAUCGGACGGUAGCGCCAAGGUACCACCGAUCGUCCAGCUCUACAACAAGAUCGACGUCAACAAGGAAGCGCUCGGCAAAGCGCGGGAAGAGAAUGAGCAGCUUAAGGCGAAGGUGCUGGAACUGCGGGCCGAACAUCAGCGCGCAGAGCUCGAGCGGAUGAGUGUGGUGGCGGAGAAGGAUAACCAAAUCAUGCUGCUAGAACGAGAGCUAACCAGCAUCAGCAAGGCGGACGAACUGUUGCAACACAUUACCGAGGGAUGCCUGGAGAAGGUGAAGCAGUACGAGCAGGAGAUCCGCGAUCUGCACCAAAGCUACGAACGGCAGCUGUGCGAAAUGCACGACUCCAAGACGGAGCUGGAGAUCCGGUACGAUGAGCUGCUCGUAGUGCACAGGAUGCUGCAGAACGACUUUGACGUGAUCGAGGGUGAGAACCACUUCCUGAACGAGGAGAUGGAGGCGCUUCGCGAGAUCCUCGAAGCGCACGAUAUGGAGCUGCAGAAGAAAACGGACGAGAUCAAGCUGAUGGAGGACGGGUUGAACGAGCUCGUGAUCGAGGGUCGUGAUCUGAAGGAGCAGGUGAAGUAUCUGAAGGCGCAGGCCGAAGAGGACAUGCUGCGGUACGUGGAGGAGGGUCGCAACACGAUCCGGGAGAUCGAUCAGCUGAAGCAGGAGAACGCCCGGCUGCUGACGCUGCUGGCGGAGAAGAACGCGAUCGUGGCGGGUAUGCAGGAGGAGCUGAACGAGCGUCAGUUCGAGCUGGACGACAUGCGGAACGACAUCCGGAACGAGUUCAGCCAGGAGCUGAGCGCGAUGUGCAAAAAGCACGAGGCACAGCUCGCCACCAUGGCGGAGCUGAACGAGAUGAAGGUCAAGGAGUGUGAGUCGAUCUUUGUGUUGGAAAAGUCGAAGUUGGUGAAGGAGCAUUCGGACCGGAUCAAGCGGCUGGAGAAGGAACAUCAGCGUGAGAUCGAACGGAUCGGGGAGCAGGCGGAGGAGAAGAUCCGUAUCGCGGACAUCCAGAACGAGGAGCGCGUGAAGGCGCUGGAACUGUCGAUUCAGAGUUCGAUUUCGGCGGCGCUCGCCAGCGAGAAGAUGCACUGGCAGAAGCAGCUGGACAAGUGUCAGAAGAUUGCCGAAACGGAGAUCAUGCAGUGUGAGUUCGAGAAGCGCGAUCUGCGCACGCUUUGGGAGGCUUCGAACGAGGUGAUCAAGGACAAUGAGAACAAGAUCGCGGAGCUGGAGCGUCGGCUGCAUGUGGAGCUGGAACCGGGCGCGAAGUCGCGCGACGAGCUGGAGACGGAAGUGCGCGAUAUGGCGCUGGAAUGUUCGCGGCUGAAGACGGAGAAGUACAACUAUCAGCUGACGCUGAACAACACACGCUCGACGGUCAAUAUCUUGAUGGAACGGUUGAAGAAGUCGGACGGCGAUGUGGAGUUGCUAAAGGCGGAGCUGGAGCAGGUUCUGCGGAGCAAGACGGAGAUCGAAACGGCCAACAACAAGCUGCGCGAGGAGGUGACCGAGUAUCAGCGUGUUCUGGGUGCGCUGCACGCGUCUUCCAGCUUGCUGGAGAAGGAGAUGCGCGAAAAGAAUGAAGUGUUCGAGAAGCUGAUGAACUCGGAGGAGGACGCCAUACUGACCGUGUCCCAGAUCGGCAAACUGUUCAACGAGCGUAUGGAGCAGAGCAUGGGCCGGUAUCUGGAGAUGUACGAGGAGCUGAAGAAGAAGUACGACGCGCGGGAAGUGUACAUUCAGGAUUUGAAGGCACUGCUGGACGAAUUUGCCAACGGCAUCGAACUGGCACGGAUCGAGCUGGACACGAAGGACAAGAAGAUCUUCGAGCUGGAGAACGAGAACAAAAACAUUAAGCUGGAGAACAUGACGAUUCGGUUCCGGUGUGAACAGUUCGAGAAGUACAAUCAGGGUGAGAUCCGGGUGCCACAGCCUUCGCCGGAGCUGCAGCAGGUGUGCAACAGUCACAACGAGGCGGAUGAGGAUGAACGGUUGGUGCCGAACUUCCUGAUCGAAAACAUCAUCAACCAGCUCGAGCAGGAUGGGAUGUCGGAUAAGGACCCGCUCGGUACGAUUCAGGAGAUUAUCGAGAGUGGCAGCGAACAGCACAAUGGCACGGAAAUUAUCGACAAGCUAAAGGAAACGGAAGAAAAGCUCCGCAUAGUGGAAGAAUUUGCCAAAGAAACGUCGGAUAAAUAUACGGAACUGCUGGAGAAUCAAAACAAUCGGCAAAAGAUGAAGAAUCUGGAAUGCAAUAAGGACCAACAGCAGCUUAAAGCGAAAAUUGCCAAACUACAAGAGCUCAACAAGAAGCAGGAAAACACGAUCCAAACCCUCCAGCAGCAGCUUUCCACCUUCGAUUCGCCACAGAAGCUGAACGGUUCGGUGAAGUACCUGUCCGCCACGGCCAGUCCAAAGACGCCCAAGAAGCUGAUCGCUUCGCCGUUCCCCGGCAAGGAGAACCGUUCACCGGCCCAGGUCGGUGUGUUCAGCCCACGGUCGAACGUGCUGAGAGCGCGCAACAACUAGAUGGGAAUUGCAAAGUCGCGUGUUCUGCCAUUGCUGGAUGAUCAGCAACGCUGUCGAUGAUGGUCAGAGGAUGUCUAGCAAUUUGUGAAUGUGAAUAGCCCCGUCAUCAUGGUGGCCCUACGGCGCCGCUUGAUGAGGCUGAUAGUGAUCUAUAGAAGAUGUAAAUUUUGAAAUUAUUUAUUAACCCCCGUUCCAAUGUCCCAAACACGCCCUACACGAAUGCGCAUUGCAUCGCUGAACCAUGACCAAAAGACGCUCAUUCUCGCAUCCGAAGGCGGUUGUGAGGAAUAAAUUCAGAAAAUUUAUAGAAAAAAA